GCACAUCAACCACAUAACUCCCACAAAAAACCCUCCUUUUUUCUCAUAAACCCUCAACAAAAACCUUACAGAGUUACAGAAAACUUAAUUGAUGAUCGAAUCUCCAAUUUCCCCAAAUUAAAACCAAUAAUCAAAACAUCCCAUUACAUGAAAAUGAGUUCCAAGCUGCUAAUGAUUCUAAACAGAUUGACUUCAAGGCUAAAUCAGUCUCAAAUUUCAUCAGAAAAAGCUCUGUUCUUGAGCUCUGAUUUCAUCAAUGAAAGACGGGGUUACUACACAACUACAAAAACAAAGCCAGGAUCAGAAAGCUUGUAUUCGAAGAUAAGCCCUUUAGGAAGUCCUGGAAUCAGUGUGAAGCCAGAAAUUGAUGGAUGGGUUGAAAAGGGAAACAAGGUUAGAGUUGCUGAAUUGCUCAGAAUCAUCCAUGAUCUUCGCAAGCGUAAGAGAUUUACUCAUGCUCUUGAGGUGGCAGAAUGGAUGAAUGAGAACGGGGUCUGUAAAUUUACACCGACUGAAUAUGCAGUUCAAUUGGAUCUCAUUGGUAGAGUCCGUGGUUUUCAGUCUGCCGAGAACUAUUUUCAGAGCUUACCCGACCAAGACAAAACAGAAAAGACAUAUGGCGCUCUUCUUAAUUGCUAUGUGCGUCAACGCCAGCUCGACCUAGCCUUAUCACACUUACGGAAGAUGAAGGAGAUGGGUUUUGCAUCUACAGCUCUUACUUAUAAUGAUAUUAUGUGCCUAUACACAAAUGUUGGACAAUACGAGAAGAUUCCUGAGUUGCUAACUGAAAUGAAGGAAAACAAUGUUUUACCAGAUAAUUACAGCUACCGACUCUGCAUUAAUUCAUUUGGAGCACGAUCUGAUAUCGAGUCAGUGAAAAGUAUUUUGAAAGAAGCCGAGACUAAGCCCCACAUGGCAGUAGACUGGAACACCUAUGCAGUCGCUGCCAAUUAUUUUAUUAAUGCAGGGCUCACAGAUGAAGCAAGCGAUGUCCUGAAGAAGGCGGAGGUAAGAUUGGAUAAGAAAGAUGGUGCGGGAUACAAUCAUCUGAUUACUCUUUAUGCUAAACUAAAAAAAGAGGACGAAAUAUUGAGGUUGUGGGAAUUAGAGAAGAGCGCGUGUCAGAGAUGUAUCAACAGAGAUUAUAUCACCGUGUUGGAGUCGCUUGUGAGGAUUGGCUCGGUAGAAGCAGCUGAGAAAGUGCUCAAGGAGUGGGAAACGUCUGGUAAUUACAAUGAUUUUCGAGUUCCUCGUAUUGUCAUUGCAGCUUAUUUGGAAAAGGGAAUGAUCGAUAAAGCAGAGGCAUUGCUCGUGUCGUGGAAAGGGAAGGAUUUGAUUCCAAGCACUUGGGUCGAUUUAGCAAGACGAUACGAGGAGAAGGGCGAGAUGCAUAAAGCAAUCUGCUCCAUGAAGGAAGGUUUGGCACAUUAUGAUAAAAAUAAAGGUUGGAAACCUGAUAAACGAGUCAUUUACAGUCUGCUUAAAUGGGUUGGUGAUGAAGGCAAUGUUGAAGAUGCAGAAUCGUUCGUUGAUUUGUUAAGAAAUGCAAUUCCUGUGAAUAGACAUAUGUAUUAUGCUCUAAUCAAGGCCCAUGUUCGAAAUGGCAAUGAUGUCGUUGAGCUUUUGGAGAAGAUGAAGGCUGAUAAAGUAGAGAAAGAUAACGAGAUUGAGGAGAUCCUUGGCACGGUACAGUGACAAACUCAAUGGGCUCUACGUUUAAAGACACCAUUUUCAGUUGGAAGUAGAAGCUCAAAUACUGAUUUGGGCAGCGAGUUUCAUUUUUUUCUGCAUUUGAAACUAUGAAAUGCAGUGAACUACUGUUGCAUAUACGCAUCGUGUUGGCCAGGAUUCGCGUUGAAUAUAACUUUCUGCUCAUCUGUUCACGAAAAUUCGCCUUUCCAUCUAAUUUUCAGAACCAUUUUCAAUGUUCUUACCAUCCAUUUGUGAGGAUAAUGUAGCAAAUUUUAUUGUUAACAGCUGAGUAAAGAAAAAAGACUACCUUUGAACUAUCUUGUCGUCUGGAUAUGCCAAGGAUAUUUAGCAACUUCUUGAAUAUUAUCAACUCAAGAUGGUACUAGUAAAUGUUGAAAACCAAAUAUAGCCAUUGAAGUAUUGAUUUAGUCAUAUGGAGAUCUCAUUCAAAUAAGUGUUUCUUUUGUUUGAAAUUUGAAUGAAAGAAAUGUUCUAUUUA